AACAAAUAAAAAUCUUACCUGAGAGUGUUUGUGAAUUGGCAACGACUUCGAAUGGGGAGUUGCGAAUAAAGCGAAGAUAGGAAAAGUGCUGCAAAGGAUGUGGUGUGUGUUCAUUUAAUCGUGGAAUCGGUGGUGAUAGAAAUCGUCGAAUGCUAUCUGUGUUGCAAUGAAGGAGGACCCGGAGAACGAUAAAGACAAAGACGCGAGGAUUUGGGGAGCUUUACUCUUCGGCUUAAUUGGCGCCACCUUCACUACCUUUGCGGUCGGUCCGCUGCGGAGGAGUGUUGAUUGGUGCUACGUUCAGCUAACGAGGACACAGUCACAUAAAGGACACAGAAGUGGGUCGUUCCGAACAUCAUUUCAAGAAGAGGCUUGGAGGAGGCACAAUAAGCGACUGCAAGAGGAGUACGAGGAGGAGAUGGAAAGAGUGGAGCGAAUAAGGCGUAUGCAAAGUGUGUUUAACAGAGAAAGGAACAAGUAUAAAAGAAGCUACGAGAGCUGGAGGGAAAACGGUCAUGGUGCAUAUCAUCAGCAUUACCAGAGAGAUGAUUGGUACUGGAAGACUGAUACAUCCUUUAGAGAUCGGAGGACCAAUUAUCGAGAAACUCCAAGAGAGACCGGAAACUAUGCAUUAUCACAUCACUACUCAAUUUUGGGUCUUGACAGGUUUAGAAAAACACCGUAUUCAGAUGCUGAGAUUAAGACAGCAUUUAGAACUAAGGCAAAGGAGUAUCAUCCUGAUCAAAACCAGGAUAAUAUUCAGGCUGCUGAGGCGAAGUUCAAGGAAGUGUUGACUUCAUACGAGGCCAUAAAAAACGAAAGAAGAAACUAGAUCUGUUCAACUAUCCUGGGACCCGAAAGGAUGCGAGGUAUUCGAAAAGGAUUACUAAAGUUCCUCAUUACUUCAUUGAUAUAUCAUCCGGCUAAAAUAUAGUUGCUACGUGAUUAAAUUUUCUGCAAUGACUAGAGAAUUAGAUAAUGGUGUUUUUAUUUAUUUUUUUCAAAAUCAAAUAUAAGGUUAUGUAUUGAAUAUUUAGCAUUCCAACCACAUAUAGUGCCCCUGUAAUGUGGUCUCAUUAGAUUCGAGGGGGUUCUGCUAGGCCAUUAAUUCACUUCAUGUACGCAAUUGGAGACCUUCAAAGUAACCAAACUGUAAGUGCAUUAUUAUUACUACUAUGCAUAGCACACGUUCCAUGCAGUA